GUGAACAGAUUGCUGAUGCGGUUUUAGUGUUUCGCAACAAUAUCCGGAAUAUCUGGAAUUUUCCUUCUUCAGAUUGUUUAAUGUUAAUCCUGUCUUUUUAAAAUGUGGUGCUUUAAGGUUGUUCCUUGAUCUGUGUGUGAUGGUGAGCUGUGUUUUGCUUCUUUUUGAGUGUUUAAAAUCCAUAUAUCCCUGUUUUGUAUGAUUAAACUGAUGUUUUAAAAAUCAAAAAUGUUAUUAUUAUUAUUAUUAUUAUUAUUAUUAUUAUUAUUUUAUUUUAUUUUUUACUGUAGUAGUAGAAGUUGUUGUUGUAGGAUCGGAACUCUUUUACGCCGGCCAUGUUCCGGGGAUAGAAUUGAGGUGUGCACACACUUCCUGAUGAAGCUAUUACGCUUCUGUCAGGAAAAACAACAAACCUGCUGGAGGACUGAAGAAGUGAUGCCUCAGAGUAGCGGGGACAGCGAGGGACUCUCCCCACUCAUGGAUGCUGGUCCUCUCGUCCCCGCGCAUGAAUAGUGGCCGUGCCCGGAUGUCCAGAGAGCCGGCGCGGCUGACGCAUCAACGACGAGCGCUCGGAUCCUUCAAGCUAACGAGUUAGCAUCGCGGCCUGGCGGUGAUUUACUAGCUAACUUUAGCUAGUAAUGUCUCUAACAUUACCACCCUCCGAAAUGCUGGAAACGCCACCCGGAUAUCCGUUUGAAGAGAUCAACUAUGAGGACAUUGAGGUGGAGGAGGUGGUGGGCAGAGGGGCGUUUGGGGUGGUCUGCAAAGCCAAGUGGAAGGGCAACGACGUCGCCAUCAAGACCAUUGAGAGCGAAUCCGAGAGGAAAGCCUUCAUCGUUGAGCUCCGACAGCUUUCUCGAGUCAACCACCCAAAUAUUGUCAAGCUAUAUGGCUCCUGCAGUAACCCAGUCUGCCUGGUCAUGGAAUAUGCUGAAGGAGGAUCUCUGUACAACGUGCUGCAUGGUGCUGAACCCCUCCCCUGUUACACUGCCUCCCAUGCCAUGAGUUGGUGUUUACAGUGCUCCCAGGGCGUGGCCUAUCUCCAUGGCAUGAAACCAAAGGCUCUCAUUCACAGGGACCUCAAGCCACCCAAUCUGCUCCUGGUGGCUGGAGGCACUGUGCUGAAGAUCUGUGACUUUGGAACGGCGUGUGACAUUCAGACCCACAUGACCAACAACAAAGGCAGCGCGGCGUGGAUGGCUCCGGAGGUGUUUGAAGGCAGCAAUUACAGUGAGAAGUGCGACGUCUUCAGCUGGGGCAUCAUCCUCUGGGAAGUCAUCACCCGCAGGAAACCCUUCGAUGAGAUCGGAGGACCGGCGUUCCGGAUCAUGUGGGCGGUGCACAACGGCACCAGACCGCCGUUAAUUAAAAACCUCCCCAAACCCAUCGAGAGCCUGAUGACUCGCUGCUGGUCCAAAGACCCGUCUCAGCGGCCCUCCAUGGAGGAGAUCGUGAAGAUCAUGAGUCAUCUCAUGAAGUAUUUCCCAGAGUCGGAUGUCCCUCUGCAGUACCCGUACCUGUACUCCGAUGAAGGACAGAUCAGCUCUGCAACGAGCACAGUUUCAUAUUUGGACUACACCAACACCAGCAACAAAAGCGACGCCAACAUGGAGCACAGCGACUCUCAGGGGAGCAACGACACCAUCAAGAUCACGCCUCAGUUCGCAGCCUUCAAACCAAAGGGAGAUCCUCUGCGGUCUCUGCCGCUGUCCAGGGGGGGCAGCGUGGAGAGCCUGCCGGCACGAACGCUCUGCUUGGCUGACAGCAAGAGGAUGAGCGCAGACCUGUCGGAGCUGGAGCCCAAGGCGGCGUUUGCCCCCACAGCGACCCGCCCCCCGUCCGUCUGCAUGCUGGCAGCUGUACGUGUGUGUGUUUUUGCAGCAGCCCCCCCGUUUAAGCGAGGCCACCGUAAAACGGCGUCCUACGGAACCAUUCUGGACGUCCCCAAGAUCGUCGUGACAGCUACAUGUGAGGCUCAGAGACGGCGUUCUGUGCAGGACCUUCCGGGCAUCGUCAACUCUGAGUCCAGUCAGGGAAGCAGGAACAGCAGCCGCUCGUCCAGCCCCAGGAUGAUGCCGGCGGACAAGCCCGGCAGAGGCUACUUCUCCCCGGAUGACCCCUCAGACACUAACGGCUCAGACAACUCCAUUCCCAUGGCGUAUCUCACCUUGGAUCACCAGCUGCAGCCGCUGGCUCCUUGUCCCAACUCCAAAGAGUCCAUGGCCGUGUUCGAGCAGCACUGCAAGAUGGCUCAGGAGUACCUGAAAGUCCAGACGGAGAUCGCUCUGCUGAUCCAGAGGAAGAAGGAGCUGAUCGCUGAACUGGACCAGGACGAGAAGGACCAGCAGAACACGUCCCGUCUGGUGCAGGAGCACAAGAAGCUGCUGGAGGAGAACAAGAGUCUGUCCACGUACUACCAGAAGUGCAAGAAGCAGCUGGAGCUGAUCCGGGUGCAGCAGCAGAAGAGGCAGGGCACUUCCUGAUGAAGCAGAGACAGCCCCCACCCCCCACCUCUGAAUCUGCUGGAGGAUCGGCUCCUUUUAGUUCACAUGUUGCCUUAGCGGUCGGCUGCAGAUCAUGUGACGUAAAACGCUCUCCUCACACCCGGCGGAGGUGACCACGUUCUUUUAGAUGAUCAUGUUUCUCACCAGCUUUAGAUCCAACUCUUUCUUUUUGCACAGUUACUACGUUUAGACGACUUUUAUUGCUAUUUAAACUUUUCUGUUUUAAAGUAAAAGACUUGAGGAGUCUGGAUUCUACAGGCCAGUUGCUGAGCUGCUUUGGCGCUCCUGGAGGUCAGACUGAAGAAGCCAGCGCUCUGUGGGAUGAAUGUCCUGCUGCACCACACCGCGUGCAGAUCGAAUGUUUCAGGUUCAGACGGGGCUUGAUCUGAACCAAAGACGCUGCAGUCCCUGCUGGUUGGCCCCGCCCCCUCUUCUGGAAGGGAUCUGGAUGCUGGGAAUCAGAUGUGUGGAUCUUUGCAUUAAAAGAUGUGAUCCUGGUUGUGAUCCUGGUGUGUUCAGUGUGAAUAAAAGCAGCACAGAGCUGCACAAAGCUCUGCUCAGCCACACUAGAGCCCAGUUCUGUAGACGUUUGCUGGUUCAGAACCUGUUCAUGAAUGUGUCAUUCUUGUCUUGAUCCUCCAUAUGUCCUCAGUACUGGACAAAUGGACGGUUCUGGUCUAGUGGAGACUAAGAGGCUUCACACAUGCAAAGACGGCAGCGUUGGAAAACUCUCCACCGCGUGGCAAUCAAAAGUCCACAACUUCGAUUUUAACAGCUGUUGGUUUGUGGAAUGAGAGUUUCUCUCUUUAUUCUUUAAUCACUUCAUUGGUGGAGCACCUUUAUCACCUAGCUACAGAACAAUCUGCUUAGGAGAAAAGACCUAAAUUUAAAAAAAAUAAGUCCUAAUAAAGCAACAGCAAUCAGAAGACCAUCAGAAAAUGUAAAUGAACUCUGUGGCUGAAAGUUAUAGAACGCACUGGAUUGAUCAAAAGUAGGAGGGAAAAAAAGUUAAUAUGAAAUGUAUAAAUACAACGUGAACUAGAAAAGUUGCAUCACCUGCAAUAAUGCUAGUGUGAACGCUUUAGAUGCUGAAGAUGCUGAAGCUUUCUGCUGAAAAUGGUGACGCAGUUUACUUAAAUUGCUGAUAGGAUUUGCUGAAAAAGCAAAAGAAAAGUUUGCAAAAGCCAUUUUUAAAUUUGCUAAAGGCUGGAAAUUUUCU